AUGGCCAGGUGUCAACUGCAGCCGCAGCUUGAUGAGAGGAGCCCCCAGCCUAGCACCUCGGGGUACUCCCUCCUGGAGGUGAUAGAUAAUGAAGUGCCAGGACCAUCAGCUCCUUGGGUAGAUCCUGGUACGCCUAAUAUCCUUUGCUGUAAAAGGAAGAGGGAGUGGUCAGACGAAUCUGAGGAGGAGCCCGAGGAGGAGACAGAGAAGGAGCGCGCCCCUGAGCCUGAGGAGACCUGGGUGCUGGACACCCUGUGUGGGCUCAAGAUGAAGCUUAAGCGACGGCAAGUGUCACCCGCGCUCCCUAAGAACUACGAGGCCUUCAACACGCUGCUUGGUCCCGGUUCGCCUUGGUUCCUUUGCCGUAAAAGGAAGAGGGAGUGGUCGGAUGAAUCUGAGGAGGAGCCCGAGGAGGAGACAGAGAAGGAGCGCGCCCCUGAGCCUGAGGAGACCUGGGUGCUGGAGACGCUUCAGGGGCUCAAGAUGAAACUAAAGCGACGGCGAGUGUCACCCGUGCUCCCUGAACACCACCAGGCCUUCAACAGGCUGCUUGAGGAUCCUGUCGUGAAAAGAUUCCUGGCCUGGGACAAAGAUCUGAGGGCAUCCGACAAGCCAAACCGGCUCGCCAUCCUGGUGUUUCCUGGCUUGGUUUCACCUCUCCUUCCAAAUGCCUGCCACUCGACUUUGCGUCUGUGUUUUCUGUCUGGGGUCCUGCACGCGUGUGGUUCUGAAGGGAAUCACCGAUUCCUUGACGUCUCUGUCCAGCAGGGCCCUCCUGAGGAAGGCAUGGCUCUCUGCAGGGUGGGUGCCAGUCCUGAGCUGAGGACGGUCUCCCGCCCUCCUCUCUGGGAAGCUGACCUCAGCCGGAGGUCUCUCCUGGUGGUGCCCCUGAGUAGCAGCCUGAUUUCUGCCCCCAGCUACCUGGCCAAUGACAUGGAAGAGGACGACGAGGGCCCCAAACAAGCCAUCUUCUACUUCCUGUAUGGGAAGAACCGCUCCCAGCGACCCUUGUUCCAGAAGCUUCGCUUCCAGUUCUUCUGUUCCAUGCACUGUAGGGCUUGGGUUUCCCUGGAGGAGCUGGAGGAGAUACAGGCUUAUGACCCAGAGCACUGGGUGUGGGCACGAAAUCGUGCCCUCCUUUCCUAGAGCUCCAGGGACCGUGGAGGCCUGAGGUCAUCGGCCCGAGGGAAGAACACCAGGCCCAGGGGAGAUACAUUUUCAGCACAAAGUUUAUUCCCAUGCUAAUGGCAGACAGACACCAGGAAGGAAGACAGGAGCCAUUUGUGCAGAUCAUCUAGAAGAACCUGGACUGUUCUAGAAGGAGCUGAAGAGAGUGAUCACGCUGUCCUCCUAGGAGUGGGGGGUGGGGAGACGGUACUUCUAGGAGUCCAUGGAGGACAGUGAGA